AUGGACAUGUCUCAGGCAGAACGCCAGAAGUACGCCGAGAUAUUCACCAGUCUCAACCCCACGAAUGGCUACAUCACUGGCGUCCAGGCACGACAGAUCUUCAUGAACUCUGGACUUCAUGUUGUCAAACUGGGUCAGAUUUGGGAUAUUUGCGAUAUUGACAAGGAUGGCAACAUGGAUUUUGACGAGUUUUGUCUGGCGCUUCGUUUUGUAUACGCCUCUAUCAACGGCGAGAUCUCGGACAUUCCAGCAUCACUUCCUCCACACAUGAUACCGCCAUCAAAGGCCCAUUACUUCGGUAACCAAGGAUAUAACCAGUCGUACAUGCAACAGCCUCAGCCUACAGGAGCGUUCAUGACACCGCCUCAGUCUUACGGCCAGCAGGGCUCGAAUUAUUCUGCCAUCUCUGCACUCGACUCGGCGGUGGCGGUAACAGGCAACUUAUCGGACGAUUUUGAUUGGUACAUUGCUCCGUCCGACCGAUCCAACUACGAAACUAUCUACAAGAAUAAUGUUCAACUGUCUUCAGGCGAAGUGCGAAUGGGUCAAUUUGAAGAAUUAUACCAGGCAUUGCAGAUUCCUAGAGAAGAUAUUAAUGCUGCCUGGUCGCUGGUCAACGUCCAUUCAGCACCUCAGAUCGGAAAGGAGCAGUGCAUUGUGUUUUUCCAUAUUCUCAACAGCCGACGACUCGGAAAGCGUGUCCCGAAUACUCUUCCAGGCGCUCUCCGGACCUCUUUCUUGGGUGGCUCCAACUUUGCUCUUUCUGACAACUAUGCUGUCGACGAAAUCCGUCAGCAGGCAGGAAGACCUUCUGUACCGCUCUCAUUCGCAACAAAAUCUGCAUUCUCUAGUGAAAAGGGCCACGCUAUCGCCGGUGACUACUUGAGCCGAUUGAACCAGAAGGACCAUGCUGCCCACGAAACGCAAGCACAGGAGGAGCGGUUAAAACAUGAGCUGGAGAGCAUUAAGCGACAGAUCGAGGAUGCUGAGCAGAAGUCACGGUUGAACCGCGGAGACAUCGGCGUAGCUGUUAAGGAGCUACAAGAAUUACUUGCAUACAAACAGCAGCAGGUGCUUAACGAUGAUGCAUCGAUUCUUGACCGGCAGCUACUGGACCAGGAUCGCGAGAUCCAGCGACAGCGCGAUGCCCUGAAGCAGUUGGACAAGGUGAUGCAGGGUCUCCGUGAGCAAAAAGAUCUGCUUGAGACACAUCUUGCAGAUUCCGAGAGUGAGCUCCGUGAAAGUCAACGCGAGGCAGAGAGUUUGAGAGGACGCUAG